AUGAUGGCAAAUAACGAUGAGGCAAUCAUUAUGGAGAGAGAUUUCUCUGAUUUUAUCGAUGAUGAUAGGUCUGGGUAUAGGGGUUUACUAGAAGAAUUUAUAGAAAAUAAUAGUAAAAGACUUGUAAUUAAAAUAGAUACAUUAAGAUCAGUAUCACCUGAUUUAGCACAAAGAUUUUUAAAAAAGCCAUUAAAUUAUAUUGGAUUAUUUCAAAAUGUAUUAACAACUAAAAUAAAGAAUUUAAAGAGACAAAUGUUUGAAAAGAUGUUGGAUAUGGAUCCAGAUGAGGUUGAUGAAGAUUUAAAAAAACAAAUAAAAGAUACAAUGAAUCAACAAGUUUUCAUAGGGUUUGAAGGUAAUUUUGGUAGUCAUCAUGUUACACCAAGAGGUUUAAAUGCAUCAUUAAUUACAAGAUUAGUUUGUGUUGAAGGAAUUGUUACAAAAUGUUCAUUGGUUAGACCAAAAGUUUUAAAAAGUGUACAUUAUUGUGAAAAAACUAAAAGAACUACAAGUAGAACUUAUGAAGAUGCAACAUCUGAUAGUGGUAUACCAACGACAUCACAAUAUCCAACUAGAGAUGAUCAAGGUAAUCCAUUGAUAACUGAAUAUGGUAUGUGUGAGUAUAAGGAUAGUCAAAUGGUAUCAAUUCAAGAGAUGCCAGAGAGAGCACCAGCAGGUCAAUUACCACGUUCAGUCGAUAUUCUAUUGGAUAAUGAUUUAGUGGAUACAGUGAAACCAGGUGAUAGAGUACAAGUGUAUGGUGUUUAUCGUGCAAUACCAAUGAGUGCACCCGAAUUGAAGACCACCAAGUUUAGACCCAUUUUAAUUUGUAAUAGGAUUUCAUUGUUAAGUAAAGAAGUUAGUGGACCUUCAUUAUCGGAACAAGAUGUAACAAAUAUUAAAAACUUUUCAAAGUAUGACAAUUGUUUCGAUUUGAUAGCAACUAGUUUAGCACCAUCCAUUUGUGGUCAUGAUAAUAUUAAGAGAAGUUUAUUGUUAUUACUGUUGGGUGGGGUUGAACGUAAUCUUGCAAAUGGCACCCAUUUAAGAGGUGAUAUUAAUCUUUUGAUGGUGGGCGAUCCCUCAACCGCAAAAUCCCAACUACUCCGUUUCAUAUUAAAUAUCGCACCAUUGGCUAUCAAUACAACUGGAAGAGGUUCUUCAGGUGUUGGUUUAACAGCUGCCGUUACAUCAGAUUCAGAGACUGGUGAACGUCGUUUAGAGGCUGGUGCAAUGGUUUUGGCAGAUCGUGGUAUAGUUUGUAUUGAUGAAUUCGACAAGAUGAGUCCAGAUGAUCGUGUUGCAAUUCAUGAGGUUAUGGAACAACAAACCGUCACAAUCUCAAAAGCUGGUAUUCACGCAUCUUUGAACGCACGUUGUUCAGUGGUUGCCGCAGCAAAUCCAAUCUAUGGUAAAUAUAAUCCAGAUUUAAAAGCCCACACUAAUAUUGGUUUACCAGAUUCAUUGUUAUCUCGUUUCGAUUUACUUUUCAUUGUAUUGGAUGGUAUAAAUCCCGAUCAUGAUAGAAUGAUCGCUGAACAUGUCCUACGUAUGCACCGUUAUAAAGAUGAAGGUUCAGAAUUGGAAUCAAUGUUGGGUUCUGAACAAAUUUCAACAUUGGGUGGUGAAUUCAAAAAUGUUUCCACUGUAAAGACUACAUCUGAUCUUGAUACACCAGUAUUUCAAAAAUAUAAUAAACUCUUACAUGGUGCCGAGAAUAAAUCAGAUAUAGUUUCAAUUCCAUUCAUUCAAAAAUAUAUUUUCUAUGCCAAAACUUUAUUCAAACCAAGAUUAACCGAUGAAGCUAGAGAAUACAUCAUUGAAAAGUAUACUGAAAUGCGUUCAAAACAAACUCCAAAUUCAAUCCCAAUUACAACUCGUUCUUUGGAAACUAUGAUUCGUCUUUCACAAGCUCAUGCAAAAUGUCGUUUAGAUCAUAAUGUAACUGUUGAUGAUACAAUUGUAGCAAUUGAAAUUAUGAAUAGAGCUUUAUCUGGUUCAAAUAUGAAAGAAAAAGAAAAAUCACAACAAAAUAAUAGAAAUAAUAAAAAUAAUAAAAAUAAUAAUAGUAAUAAUGACAAUGAUGAUGAUGAUAAUAAUGAUGAUAAUAAUGAACCAGAUUUAAAUGAUUUUGAAAAUAAAAAUGAAAAUGAAAAUGAAAAUGAAAAUGAAGAAGAAUAUAAUGAAGAAGAUGACGAUGAUGAUUUUGAUAUUCAAAAUAGUAAUAAUAAUAAUAAUAAUAAUAAUAAUAAUAAUAAUAAUGAUAAUAAAAAUAAAACUAAAAAUAAUAAUAAACCAACAGCAACAACAAAGAAAAGAAAAACAUCUGAUACACCAACUAAACAACAAUCAAAACCACCAUCAUUAACUAUACCAACUCAACCAAUUCAAAAAACCAAAGAAAUUAUGGAUGUCGCUAAAGUUAUUAAUCAAUUCUUAAUUGAAAGAAAAUCAAAAUCAUUGACAACGACAGUACAAGAUAUAAUAGAUCAUUUGAAAAGUAAAUUUAAGAAAGAAGAAAUUGAAAAAACAUUAUGUUAUUUAAUUCAAAUAAGUAGAAUUGCAUUAAUUAAUGGUAAUGAAAUUAAAUCUAUGAUUCAAUAA